AUGCUAGAUACUCUGUCGGAUGGCACUCAUUUGGAGGAUUCUGGUAUUUAUCGUACCAUUGUUGGCAGAUUGGUUUAUCUUAAUGUAACUCGCAUAAACAUUGCGCAUACAGUUCAUGUGGUUAGUCAGUUUGUCAUUACCCCUACUAUAGUUCAUUGGGCUGUUGUUCUUUGUAUUCUUAGUUAUAUUUGGGGCACUCAAUUUCAUAGUCUCAAGUUUUCUUCCACAUAUUCAUUAGGGUUGUGCGCCUACUUUGAUGCGGAUUGGGUUGGUGAUCCUACGGACCGCAAGUCGACCACUAGGUAUUGUAUUUUCCUUUGUGAUUUGCUUAUUUUGUGGAAGAGCAAGAAAAAAGAUGUCAUCUCUCGGUCUUCUAUAGAAGUCGAGUAUCGUGCAAUGGCCUUGACUACCUGUGAAAUUGUUUAG